AUGGAUCAAAAUGAAUGUAUCCAAAAUGAUCAAAGUAUUUGUAAUAACUGUAAAAGUGAUCAUGAAAAUGAUGCAAAUGAUCAAAGUGAUCAAGAAUUAGUAUUAUCUAAUAAUAAUAAAAAGUCCAAGAUUAUCAUAAAGUCUAAGUCUAGUUUUAAAAGUUCUUGGCUUAAUGAGUUUAAAUGGCUUCAAUAUGAUAAGGUUUCUCAUUCUGUUAAAAAAUAUGCUUUUUCAGAUCAAUAUAUUGAUGCGAUAAAACUUGAUAAUGCUGAGAAAACAAUAGAUAAAGAAUCAGGACAACUUACACAACAAUGUACAAAUCAUAUAAUUAGAGUUAUAAAAAUUAUAUAUACUCUUAUAAAACAAGACAUACCACUAGCUAAGCUUCUAUAUUUUGUUCAAAUGUCUCAUGAAUUGGAAUCACUAUUUAUUAUAGAUAGUUUGAUUACUUAUGAAAAUGAAAAAGAAAUUCGUGAAUCUGUAUCUUUUGGAAUUAUGAUCGAUGAGA